ACUCAUGGGACAAAAGUCAACAGGACUGAGCUCUGUUUCAAGAAACAGUAACAGAACAUCACACACCAAAUACUUUGCAGAAAAAGACCUGAGUUUCCAUUUCCAGUGUCCUGUAACUUGACUUAUGUGGUUCUGGGAUCAGCCCACCAAUUGGGGUCUGGGCAAAAUGCCAGUUACGGUGAUGAUGUUAUGUCCUGUCGGCCGCAUGUCGGUGUCGGAGACAGAACCCCACAAGAGCAGCAUGUCUAUCUACCUGAGGUACGAACGCUUAAUAGCAUGUGCACUCUCACAUGCACUGCACUGCUUUGCACCGCUACCUGCCCACGUCACAGUGCGGGAUCUCCCGCUCCCUUACGACAAAGCUGAGAACUGCAGACGAGUCGCAGACCGAGGGGUGCAUGUGGCCAGCGACAAAAAUGAGAACUGCAGAUGAGUUGCAGACCGAGGAGUGCAUAUGACCAGCAGCAAGAAGGAUAUAAGCCAGUGCUGUGCCCGCUCCUCCCAACUUUUCCAUGCUCCAACUGCGCAACUUCGCUUGAAAAAGACCAAGCAAGCCGUUCUUGAAAGAUUACCUUCCGCUUUCGCGCACAAAUCCAAGACAACAAAACAUCAAGAUGCGACAAAUGGCUACUUCCUUUGCGUCCCUGGCGAUGUCGCCGACGCCUCCGCCGCCCCAACCGCCCAAGCCUCCCUCGUCGAGGUCGUCGUCGCUGCAAACCCUGCCCACGGAGAUGCUCCUCCACAUCCUCGGCUCGGUCGACUCCCUCUCCGACUUACGAGCCCUGGGCAGCACCUGCCGGCGCAUCCACGCCAUUUUCGAGGAAGACAAAGCCUCCCUAAUAUACGGCUUCCUCCGCCGGCAGCUUGGCCCCGUGCUCCCGGACGCCCUCGCCCUGUACGAGUUCGACCGGCUCGACGCCUCGUCGCCGCGCUAUCACGAGGACGGCCGCGCCGCACUCGCCCUCUACGACGCCUACCUGCGGGGCAACGGACUUCCGCGCCCGCGCCAAGUGCCCCUCGGCGUCGUCCUCCACCUGCUGCACUGGCACCGCGUCAUGGCGGACCUCACCGACGUGUACGUCCGCCACGCGUCGGCGGUCUUCCACGGCGAACUCGACGCCGCCACCCAGCAACAGCAGCAACCGCUCCCCGACCCCGCCACCACCCGGCGCCUCCUCCUCGCCCCGCCCGCCCAGCACACCGAGCGCCACCGGAUCCUGCGCGCCUUCUACCGCCUGCAGAUCCUCUACGACGUCAACGGCGCGCCGACGACCGCCUCCCACCGGGCCGGGCCCGACGCCACCAGCACGACGGGGCCGAACCUGGUCUCCCUCCGCCUCGCGCUCCUCGGCUUCUUCUGGCCCUGGGAGCACCAGCAGCUCGCCAGCGUCGGCUUCUUCAUGCUGCGGCUGAACCGGAUGUGGACCGCGGCGCUGUGCGGCAGCGGCCGCAGCCGCGGCCAGCACCUCCACCCCGAUCCGCGCCGCGACCGGGCGCUGCGCCGCGAGCUGCGCCGCGGGCUGCUCCGCUUCCCCCGCUCCCACCGCCAGCAGCUGCGCGACUGGCUGCGGUCCGGGCGCGCGCGCAACCUCGGCGCCUACGUGCACGUGCUGAAGGGGUUCCGCGCGGCGCUGCCGCGGUGGUGGGAGGAUGUGGUGGUGCGCAAGACGGCGCGGCUGGUGGACGAGCCCGGGGACAAUGACGACGACGGCAACGGCGGCGGCGGUGACGGCGGCAACGAGACGCAGGGCGGCGGGGAGAACUGGAGCCUCCUGGGCCGCGACCACGUCCAGGCGCGGAUGGACAGCUUCCCGCCCGGCUCGCUGCCGUUCUCGGCGCAUCUCCGUUUUGAAGGGGACCGCGGCGCCGAGGGGGUGUCGUGCGCGUGGGCGGACGCGUUCGAGGGCGGGUUUGUGGAGGAUACCAUGCUGUUCGAGCCUUCCACCGAGGUUGACGGCAUGUUAUUGGAGGAGGUUUGGUUCCGCGUGGGCUUUGUCUUCUGGGACGAACCGCGGUACGCUGCUUUGAAGGCGCUGCCGCGGUUCCAGGUGUUUAAGACGGGGUGGGCGGCGAGGAAGAACAGGGGCGAGGAGGAAAGCGAAGGGGGAGACGAAACGAGACAGAACAAGCAGCAUGGAACUUGGACCCUCCGCCACUGUCUCUGCGUCCAAGGCGUCUCCGACGCCGCCGCCGCCGCCGCCGCCAUCCUUGCCAACAUCAUCGCUUUCUUUGCCAACGGGAACCAGAGGUUUGGCACAAUAUACGCCGCCUCUGACGUUCGCCGCAUUGGUGGCAACAACCUACACCGUCCUCAGCCGACCCCCAUCGCCAGCCGGCGCCUCCGUCCCCGCGGCCGCGACGACCCCAUCGCUCCGGGCGCUGCCUGCCGAGGCGGUCACUCCCAAACUUCUGGACGCCGCAGCCAGCCGUGA